AUCUUUCCUCUUGGACUUCAGCGACUUCGCAGCUUCUCAGUUGCUUGGGGUCCAGGUUGUAUUUCAGCCUUCCCUCCACCAGAGCAGCCAAGGGUGGAUUUCACUUUCUUUUAGUAAGAAAGGGAAUUCUAUUGUGUUCUGGAACUUUUUGAAGAGAGAUUUCAUCCAGCGUAUAACUCCUAAUAAUCAAAAUGCAUAUUUUAUGCAAUUACGUUUUCUUAACCAUUUGUUUCUCUUGUUCUGCUCACAGUAAAAUUUGCAUGAGCCCUGGCCAGCUUGGCUCAGUGGAGAGAGCAUCGACCUGUGGUCUGAAAGGUCUCAGAAAUGAGCCGCCAGACUGCGACCGCGUUGCCCACUGGGACCUCCAAGUGCACACCGUCGCAGAGGGUGCCCGCCCUCACGGGCACCACCGCGUCCAACAAUGACCUGGCCAGUCUCUUUGAGUGUCCUGUCUGCUUUGACUAUGUGUUGCCACCCAUUCUUCAGUGUCAGAGCGGCCAUCUGGUCUGCAGCAACUGUCGCCCAAAGCUCACGUGUUGUCCAACCUGCCGGGGCCCCUUGGGCUCCAUUCGCAACUUGGCGAUGGAGAAGGUGGCCAAUUCGGUACUUUUCCCUUGUAAAUACGCCUCUUCCGGGUGCGAGGUCACCCUGCCGCACACGGAGAAGGCCGACCACGAGGAGCUCUGCGAGUUCCGGCCUUACGCCUGCCCGUGCCCCGGCGCGUCCUGUAAGUGGCAGGGCUCCCUGGACGCCGUGAUGCCCCACCUGAUGCACCAGCACAAGUCCAUCACCACCCUGCAGGGGGAGGACAUCGUGUUCCUGGCCACGGACAUCAACCUGCCCGGGGCGGUGGACUGGGUGAUGAUGCAGUCCUGCUUCGGCUUCCACUUCAUGCUGGUCCUGGAGAAGCAGGAGAAGUACGACGGGCACCAGCAGUUCUUCGCCAUCGUCCAGCUGAUCGGAACGCGCAAGCAGGCGGAAAAUUUUGCUUAUCGACUCGAGCUCAAUGGUCACAGGCGGCGAUUGACUUGGGAAGCUACUCCCCGAUCGAUUCAUGAGGGCAUCGCAACGGCCAUUAUGAAUAGCGACUGUCUCGUCUUUGACACCAGCAUCGCACAGCUUUUUGCAGAAAAUGGCAACCUAGGCAUCAAUGUCACUAUUUCCAUGUGUUGAAGUGGCGAUCAAAGGUUUUCUGGCCAGUGUUUGUUUAAAACCAUUGCGUUCAGCUUCACAGAGAAUAGGCCCCCUCCGCCUGCCCCCCAGACUUUUGGUAGGUGGAGCUAGUCACACGAAGGGAAAUAAAUGGAAAGGCUGUUAAAUACAGGAAACGGUUGCAUGUAGUAACACUAAUAUAUUUAAAGUAAGUCAGCAGUAAACCACUGAAAAAAUAUAUAUAUACACCCAAGAUGGGCAUCUUUUGUAUUAAGAAAGGAAGCAUUGUAAAAUAAUUCUGAAUUUGUGUUGUAGAUUGAGUGUACUGUUGAGAAAUACUGGGUUUUUGUUUCUGCGUGUGAGAGUGUGUGGGAGCGUGUGUGUGUGUGCUUGGGUUUUUUUUCCUUUAACUGACAAGCCAUGUUGAGUGGUCUUGGGCCACUGCUUCCCCUCUUUUGAGUCAAUACAUAGUGCUGCUGUGUGUGUAUAUAUUUUUUGUGUGUAUUUGCUAAUUUUUAUUAAUUCUAGUUUUUCAUUAAAUAAAUUUGACUUUCUUUUCUGUAAUUCAAGCUUUUCCCAUUUUUUUUUGUACCUUUGUAAAGUUAGUGUUUUUUUGAUAUGCAUAAUUUGUUUAUGGUAAAGUUUAUACAUGUGUGUUCCAUACAUGUUUUUUCUCCCCAUUAAUCAAUUCAUUAGAAAUACUUUAUAUUCAGCCUCUUGUGAAGACACAAGUUCCAGAAAGGAGAGGUAACAUCGGAGGAAAGAUCAGAAGCUACUUAAAGCAGCUAGAAGAUGGUUGGUCGGUCGGUCUUUUUCUCUUUUUUCCAGUUGAGUCACGCCUUCAAACUUAUUCUUUAAAAGGUAGUAGGAUAUACUGAUUUUUAAAAAAAUAUUGAAAAAUCCCCUCCCUCCCCCCAAUAUCUUGGACAAAUCACAUGUUUAAAAUUUGUUCUCAUAUAUUUAUUGGUUUUGCAAAAGAAGGCAUCAUCUCACAGUAUUUGUAAUUAAAAGCGAAGCAUUUGUUU